UUUAGUCUGUUCUCACGGUCUGAUCAAGUGUGCAACUGGCAGGGCAGAAAAUGUCCUGAGAACAUUUAGGGAGUGUGUAAAAUUCACAUGCAAAAGAGAGUGAAGGGGAUCUGGUAGACACGUCAAGUGAAAUUAUUAGGAGGGCAUUGGACUUGAGUUACAGUCUGCAUUGUCUUGACACAGUUGAUUUUAUGGACUCCUUUCUUUGUUUUGAAAUCUGAACAGAGGAGAUGUCAUUAUGAAUCACCGAGCUGCAGCUCCAAAGACAAGAAGUGAUAAUUAUCUGAGCAUAAAGGACUCUGAAUCCCUUGAUACCUAUAUCCAGAAUACACUUUCCUCUCUAUAUCCACCAUUUGAGGCCACCGCUGCCACUGUUCUGUGGCAGCUUUUCAGCAUUGUUGAAAAAUGUUAUCAUGGAGAUGGUCUCAGAUGUCUAAUUGAUUUCCUUGUUCCUGCCAAGAGAGUCUUACAGUGUAUCCAGCGGGAAACCUGUGGCAAUUAUACUGGCCUCAUUUUCUAUCAUGAAGGGUGGCCGUUGUGCAUCCAUGAGAAAGUCAUAGUCCAGUUGGCAUCUCUCCACAAAGUCCGUUUAAAACCGGGGGAUUUUUACUUCCAGAUUGUGCCCUUGGGAAAACAGUCGGCCAAUCUAGUAUUAAAAUGUCUCUCCAGACAUGGGCAUGGAAUGGAAGAACUUAUUGUACCUGAAACCAUGUAUAGAUAUAUUUUCACGACAGAGUUUUUGGAAAAUGUAAAUUGUGAAUGGAAUGGCUGUCCUUUGCAGAGCUGCUUGCUGACCACAGGUCCAGCUAUAUAUAGGACUCCUUGGAAAAAUAUUGUGAAUCCUAUCUUUGUUCCUACAACUGAAACAAUUCUGCAAAAAUACCCCAAUAACUCUCUUCCUGAAAAGUUAAUCAGCAGGAGUUCUGGUGCUGAAGCCAUGACACAGACCAUGGAAAGUAGCAGCUCUCAUGAGAGUUCUACUUCGAAUGAGACCUGUUGUACUGUGAGAGAGGUACCACUCGCAGAAAACAGUGGAAAUCAAGGCAAUAAUGAUUCUAGUCUAUGUCAUGAACUUGGAAGCAAGGCUGAAAUACAAAGCGCAGAAACCCCUGAUGAGAAUGAAAUGGGAGAUGACAUGCAUUCAAGAGCACUUUCUGAGGGAUCCCCACAUACAGACUCCAAUGCAGCGAAAGUCAACGAGGAGCCAAAAGAGGCAUUUGAAUUGACUCCUGCCUUUUGUAAAGACAUUGUAUCAACUUCUCCCAUAGUGAAAAGGAAUGGCACCAGAAGCAUAGCUUUCAGUACAGACUUGAGCAGCCCACAUCAAAGAGAAAGGGAUUCUUUGUACUUUGAAACAAAACGCUUGUUUAGAAAGUCAUACAUAGAAGCUCUGCAAAACCCAAUGAUCCUGGGUUCCAGCUCUGAGGAAUCCAUUGCAGAAGAAGAACCUCCAGAGCAUGUAGCAAACUUGGUCCACGUGGACGAUGAUUCCAGGGUUGCUGAGAAAAUACAUGAAAAUAAUGUUCAGCAAGAAAGCUUUUGGUCUGAAAGACAAUCGAAACAGGAGGAUACAAGAGAGGGGACCGUUAGAUUUGCGGAUCAUUCCCAGGCUUCUGAAAAACUGCCUGUAACUCAUAAAACGUCUCCAACAGCAGGUUGCAGGUCAGAGUCAAGAAGAUCACGAUCUUUAGAUAGGACACAUAAGAGUUCACAGACUAAAGAUUAUAAACCCAGUGGGUUAUCAUAUGGAGUCUUAAAUGCAAAUUCCCCCAAAAUAAUAAAUGGGCAUUUUAUACAGCCGGAGAAACUGGAUUCACGUGUUAAUGAAUUCACCUCUACCAAAAGCAAAGAGGAUGAAGUGUUUUCUCCAGAGCCAAAAGACUCCAGAACUGAUUUCCGGGAUUGUGAGUCUAAUGCAAAUGUGUCACCUCUGUUGCCGCGCCAUGGGAAUGAACUGCUGUCUACAAACCCCGGGGAUCCUGACCACUUCUUACCAAACCAGUUGCUUGAUGUGAAUCAAGAAUUGCUGCAGUCUGGAGUCAUUGCUCUAUGUGGGAACAGGGAUCGUGUUGGAAGAGCUGUGGUACAGGUCUGCAUAAAAAAUGGUGCCUGGUUAAGUGAAUAUUCCAGAUUCAACGAGAUCACACAACUACUAGUAUAUUUCUACAAUAUUCCCAGAAAGGAUGUCCGUGCUUUGGGGCUGGUUAUUUUAGUGGAUGCUCGCAAGAAUCAGAAUGCACCUGCCCUUUUCAAAGCUUUGGCAGCGUUACAGAUUGCUAUUCCCCAUUCCAUUCACAGUGUUCUGAUACUGACUAACAAGGAAUCUGCUUUUAGGCCUGACAAAGAUGUCACAUUGCAGUGUGAAGUUCUCACAUCACUGAAGGCUUUGCAUAGAUUCAUUGAUUGCACCCAACUGACAACAGAGUUUGAUGGAACAUUCCCUUACAAUCAUAAUGACUGGAUAUGCUUCCGAAGAAAACUUGAGCCGUUCAUUACAAACUGCAAAGAGGCUGUUGUUUUCUUGCAAUACUCAGUAUGUUCACUCAACAGUACCCAAAUGCCAACUACAGCACGAGAGGUGAAUGACUUAAUGAACAAACACAAGACAAUGAUGAAACUUGUUCUGGAAGAUGAGCUAUUGGUGGCCUUAAGACUUGAGGGUGGGACGAUCCUUGCAAGGCUUAGGAAGGAGGAAUUUUGCAAUACAGAAGAUUAUCGAGAUGCUAUGAAGACUAUUACGAAGCUAUAUAAUCAAGUAGAUGAGGAAGUUCAUAGGCUGGUUCUGUUGUCUAAUAAAUGCUUGCAACAACUAGAGAAUCUCUUGGGAAUGAGAAAAUUUGAAGAAGGUUGUGAUCAGAUAAAAGUCUGGUUUGAAAAUGAGAGUGACAAAUAUCUUGGACCUUUGGAUCAAGAAAAGCUUUCAGCUGAAAAUCUAAAAACAAAGUGGGAAGAAUUCCUAGUUUUCAGUGAAAAAGCAAUGCAGUGUUCCCAGAAAGGGCUACAGCUCAUAAAGGAGAAUUCUUCAUUAAAAUCUGAAGAAGAAUUUCAGGUCUUCAGUAGGUAUCUGAGCAGUAUCACCAUUCAAACAGAGAAGAGGAGAAGUGAGCUGGAGACGUUGGUCAAGCUAUAUGAAUUUUAUGAAACAGCUCACAAGUGGAUGGUUCAUUGUAAUGAGUAUCUUAAGCAACUUUCAGCGGAGGCCAAAUAUUCUCAAUCUGUAGUUCAGUCUCUGCAAAGGUACCACCAAGAAGCUACAAAGGUUUCUGCAGAAAACUUCCAGAAAGCCAGUGAGGUUAUAACUGCACUGGGUAACAAGGAGAUUGAACUGAAACAAUGGAAUAUUUUAUGGCUCAAAUGUCAGCAGACCAGGCACCACUUAGAAGAGGAGCUUUCAAAAGCAGUUAAAGGUUCCAGCAAAGAAGGAACCAGCAGUGCUCUCAAGGACAUUGACUGGAAAGGUAGCCAUUAUCUGGGCAGCAAAUCUGGAACACAAUACAGCCAUUUGUAUAACCUUUGUUCUAGCACUGAUGAUGAUAACAUUUGGGAUAGUAAUACAUUUCAACAUGGCAGUCCGCCUGGGGAUGUAUCUUCUGUUUUAAUUCAGGAAGAUACCACUCAAAGCAUAGAUAAGUGUUCUCCCAUUAAACCUUCAGUGUCACAAAUGCUUACUCCACUGUUAGGUAGGUUUCAAAAGACCACCCGUGUUUCAGAGGAUUUGGACAACAUUUCUACUUGCUACUCAGAGCCAAUCCAGGCACCUGCCACCCGCCAGAGGAAACACCCACUCAAGAAGAUCAUGAAGAAGACACAAAGCUUCGAGUUGACCCGACAUGAGAGCAAUCACUGUGACUUGCAUCACCAUGGAUACACUGGAGUUUACAUAAAAGGACUGGAGGUAGCCAGUAACGUUGCUGCCGAGAAGAGAAAUACGCACCGUUCAAAUAUGAAAAGUCCUUUGGUUUGUAGAAAUCGCAGUUUAUCAUCUCCAUCAAGAAUCCACCACACGGAGGAGGAAGAAGACAAGAAAAGAGGGGGAAGUAAAGUGAACCACAUAAUGGAUGAGAUGAUCACCACAGAAAGAGAAUAUGUCAGAUCCUUAGGCUAUAUCAUCGACAGCUAUUUCCCAGAAAUGGAAAGAGAUGACUUACCUCAGGAUUUGCGAGGGAAGCGGAACAUUAUCUUUGGAAAUUUGGAAAAACUCUACGAUUUCCAUUGUCACUAUUUCCUGAAAGAACUGGAACAUUGUACAGACGUCCCACUGCGGGUUAGCCACUGUUUUCUCAGACAUGAAGAAGAGUUUGGGAUGUAUGCAUUGUAUAGCAAGAACAAGCCACAGUCAGACACUUUGCUAAUAAGCCAUGGAAAUACCUUCUUUAAAAAUAAGCAACAGGAAUUGGGUGAUAAAAUGAAUCUGGCUUCUUAUCUGCUGAAACCUAUCCAAAGAAUGAGCAAAUAUGCACUCCUUUUGAAGGAUCUGAUCAAGGAAUGUUCGGCUGGUCAAGAGCAGGAGCUCAGCACCCUCCGGGCUGCUGAAGAAAUGGUCAGGUUUCAACUUCGCCAUGGGAAUGAUUUGCUUGCAAUGGAUGCCAUCAGAGGUUGUGAUGUCAAUCUGAAAGAACAAGGACAACUGAGGUGUCAGGAUGAGUUUAUCGUGUCCUGUGGCAGAAAGAAGUAUUUGAGACAUGUCUUCCUGUUUGAAGACCUCAUCUUGUUCAGUAAAACAAAAAAGAUUGAUGGGGGAUAUGACAUUUACAUGUACAAACAGUCGUUUAAGACAGCUGAGAUUGGAAUGACGGAGAACGUUGGAGAAAGUGGCCUGCGAUUUGAAAUCUGGUUUCGAAGGAGAAGAAAAUCCCAAGAUACCUACAUCCUGCAAGCAAAUUCAGCAGAAACUAAGGUUGUAUGGACGAACAUCAUAGGAAAGAUUCUUUGGAGGCAAGCCUUGAGAAACCGAGAACUCCGAAUGCAAGAAAUGGUGUCUAUGGGCAUAGGGAAUAAACCAUUCAUGGAUAUCAAGCCCAGUGAUGCAGCUAUAAGCGAUCGAGCAAUAGACUAUAUAAUGAAAGGAACAGAGUCAAGGACUCGGGCCUCCAUUGCCGUUUCUUCAUUUGACCACUCUGCACCCUUUAAGAGGCCCCAUUCCACCAUCUCAAACAGCAGUACAUCUUCCUCAAGCAGCCAGUCCUCCUCUUCCAUCCUGGGUUCACUAAACCUGCACAUAUAUUCUACCCCAUCUCAUCCGGGCUUGGCAGGGCCACCCUUCUACCACUGGUCGUACGAUGUUGGGACCUGUAUUGAGGAAGAUGAGCUGGAACAGGAAAUUGGAAGCCAGCCCUCCAUGAUUACAGAGAACUCUGAGUCGUCCCAGUGUACGUCAAGUGAGAGCGCAAGUGGUUUCAGCAGCCCCGUCCAGGCUGGGUUCUCUCCACUCCUUACCGAGACAUUUCUGGAUGCAGAUUCUAAGCCUCCAUUGCAAUGCACUUCUCCUGCCCUCUCUGAGAAGAGCCUCAGACCAAAACCCAGCAGUCAGUAUAUCCCAGCUGCUGAUUUGGCUCAGAAUAUAUAAUAAAGACGAUGGAAACAUGAACAAUCCUACAACACUGCUUCUGGGUGACAUUCUUCUGUACGUCCAAGAAAGAAACAUAUCCUUAUUUGUAUGAAAGAGAUAUAGUUUUCAAUGUUUUUUUCACUUGGAUCUAAUUUUUUAUGUAUAGCUGUUGAGAUGUAGAUGUUACUAUAU